AGGCGGCAUUUUUCUAUGUACGAAGACAUUGAAAACUUCCUUCGAAGUCAGAAUAACCUAGCGCCUAUAAGAUACUCGUACUCGGACAUAAAGAAGAUGACUAAGGGCUUCAAGGAAAAAUUAGGCGAGGGAGGCUUUGGCUCCGUUUAUAAAGGAAAACUCCGCAGUGGUCAUUUUGUAGCAAUUAAGAUGUUGGAUAAAUCUAAAGGGACCAACUGGCAAGAUUUUAUAAAUGAAGUUGUUACCAUCGGAAGGAUUCACCACGUCAACGUUGUGCAACUAACUGGUUUCUGCGUCGAGAAAUCAAUACGCGGUCUUGUUUUUGACUUCAUGCCUAACGGAUCUCUUGAUAAGUAUAUUUUUUCUAGAGAAGGAAUUAGCUCAUUGAGUUGUGAGAAAAUAUUUGAGAUCUCACUUGGAGUCGCACGCGGCAUCGAAUAUCUUCAUCGGGGAUGUGACAUGCAAAUUUUGCAUUUCGACAUUAAACCACACAACAUUCUUCUUGAUGAGAAUUUUUUUCCAAAGGUCUCUGAUUUUGGACUAGCAAGAUUAUGCCCUCUGGAUCAUAGUAUAGUGUCUUUGACUGCGGCAAGAGGCACCAUUGGAUACAUUGCUCCAGAGCUGUUUUACAAAAACAUUGGAGGAGUCUCCUACAAAGCCGAUGUCUAUAGUUUCGGAAUGUUGCUGAUGGAAAUGGCAAAUAGAAGGAAAAAUGGGAAUGUGGGGACAGAGGAAUCAACUGCGACUUAUUUUCCUCUUUGGAUAUAUGACCAAUUCAUCCAGGGAAAGGACAUAGAAAUACAAGAUGCCACUGAGGAGGAACAGAAGACGAUAAAGAAAAUGAUGAUAGUAGCAUUGUGGUGCAUACAGAUGAAGCCUUGUGAUCGCCCGUCAAUGAACAAAGUCAUAGAGAUGCUCGAAGACGAAAUUGAAAACCUACAAAUGCCUCCAAAGCCAUGCCUAUAUCCGGAUGAAAGAAACGUACAAGGCUCUUUGGAGACACUAGAUACAACAUGGUCAUCAGUUCCAUCAGAUGAAAACUCUGUGGAAAUUAGUUUAAUUCAAAACUCAUACUAA